AAUUCUAUUUUCAAAUACUAUUUAGGACAUAGUAUGCAGAUUGAGAAGCAGCAUUUGUCAUAUUCGUAAUACUGUCAAUAUUGCUAAAUGUAUAUUGUUUUGUUUUUGGGGAGUAUGUCGUUUUUUGCACUGCUUGCAGCUAGCACCUAAGAUUUUCACUCAUCAUAGCCCACAUGCUGCUGAUGAUCUGACAAUAAAAGUGAUUUGAUUUGAUUUAGCUGUCUCAUCAACACAUAUAUUAGCUGCUUCAUUACUUUUUUGAGCUGCCAGAAGGUGUCUCAUGUUGUCUACAUACAGUAUCUCUUUAAACCCCAUACACAAUAGCCAAAGAAUAUCAAAUAUCCAUUAUUCUCCACUUCUUUUUAUUCUGUCUUGAACCCCGCCCAAGGUUUUCGUGCUAUAAAACCCCCUCAGACACUUUCGUUCAGUCACGCAUGAAGUGAUUUGUGUCCGGCGGCGAUGGCAUCUCAAGGCAUCCAGAUCCUGGGCAUCAUGCUCUCCAUGAUAGGCUGGUUGGGCACCAUCAUCGCCUGUGGUAUGCCCAUGUGGAGAGUCACAGCCUUCGUUGGCGCCAACAUCGUCACGGCCCAGAUCAUCUGGGAGGGUUUGUGGAUGAGCUGCGUGGUCCAGAGCACCGGACAGAUGCAGUGCAAGGUCUACGACUCCAUGCUGGCUCUAUCACAAGACAUGCAGGCCUCCAGAGCCAUGGUCAUCAUCUCCAUCAUGGUGGGCAUCUUUGGGUUCCUCAUGGCUGUGGUUGGUGGGAAGUGUACCAAUUGUUUGGAAGACGAAGCAGCAAAAGCAAAAGCGUGUAUCUUUUCUGGGGUGGUUUUAAUCAUUGCUGGUUUGCUCAUCUUGAUACCUAUUUGCUGGUCAGCGCACACUCUUAUUAGAGACUUUUACAACCCUUUGUUAACAGCAUCCCAGCGGCGGGAGCUGGGAGCCUGUCUUUAUAUAGGCUGGGGGUCUGGAGGCCUUUUGCUGUUGGGCGGUGGGUUACUUUGUUGGAACUGCCCAUCCAAUAAUACAAGGCCCUACAUUGCAGCCAAGUACACCCAUGGCAGAUCUAUGACCCCAACAAUUAACUACGUGUAAGAAAAUGAGCAUAAGUUGAAGAUAUGAGGCACUUACUGUAAAGAAUGACUCAAAGCGAAUGCUAAUGGAUUUACUGUGUGCCUGCAGUUGGCUAACAUGCAAAUUACUGCUGUCAUUGGUUAAAUGCUUGAAAAUGACUGAGUUGAUGCAUGUGAAAGUGAAUUAUUGUUUGUAUGCAAUAAAAAAUCUAAAAAUCUAG